UCUUUGUCUGAAUUUUUCUUCGUCUAUUUCUUUUGACUUGUACUGUUUUACACCCCUUGUUCAUAGCCGUUGGAGCCCAUUUUAUAUCUCUCUCACACAUAUCACACACAACACAUUCUCCUGGGAAGAUUUCAAGAAAACCCAGAAUGUCAUUAGCGAUGAACAGUAUAGAUACAUCUUUUUCACCUAAAAAAUCUUCGUUUUCUCUAAAUGGGUCGGUGAAUUCAUGUUCUUUAAAGCGAAAGAGGCCCCCCACAAUUGAAAUCCCUAGGGUUUUGACUGAAAUUCCGGUGGAUUCUGCCAAGAAAAGGGUGGGUUCUGGUGGGAAUUGCUGUGGUGAUGAUGGUUUUGUUUGUUCUAGUGGAUUUGGAGUUGGGGUUUACGCGGUGAAGGGGAAGAAAAAGACUAUGGAAGAUUCUUAUACUAUUGUUUCUUGCCCGAUUUCGAAGAAGGGUGUCUUUGGUGUUUAUGAUGGACAUGGAGGAAGUAAGGCUGCACAAUUUGUAGCGGAAAAGUUACAUGGUAAUAUUAAAGAGAUGCUUGACAAAGUUCCAGAGAAUGGAGAUAAGGAAGAAGCUGUAAAACUAGGGUAUUUGAAAACCGAUCAGGAUUUCCUUAAGCAGGGUGUUAGUAGUGGUGCUUGCUGUGUGACAGCCUUGAUCGAGGGAAACGAGCUUAUAGUCUCGAAUGUAGGUGACUGCAGAGCUGUUCUUUGUCGAGCUGGCACAGCUGAUGCCAUAACAAAAGAUCAUAGAGCAUCUGAGGAGGACGAAAGGAAAAGAAUAGAGGAUAAGGGAGGAUAUGUGGAGAUGCACCGGGGAGCUUGGAGAGUUCAUGGAGUACUAUCCGUUUCCAGAAGUAUUGGAGAUGCUCACUUGAAGAAUUGGGUGCUAGCUGAGCCUGAUACGAAAAUCUUACAUUUGACUUCGGAUAUGGAAUAUCUUGUAUUAGCUUCUGAUGGGCUGUGGGAACAGGUAGGGAAUCAAGAAGCUAUUGAUAUUCUGUUGCGGUCGUGUUCUGUAGAAAGGAAACCUGGAGCUAGUGUAGACACUGUUAGUGUGAAUGAUGAUGCAUAUGACUGCAAAGGUUCAAGUACUUCACCAAAGUUACGCAGACUAUCACUAAUCAAGAAAAAUACAAGGUUGGGGAGUUCCCCUAUCUACAGGAAGAGAAUUAGUUGCUGCACGAAAAGUGAUGAUUUUGGUUGUGAAAAUGAAAGUCCUACAUCAAAGGCUCGAAGGAUAUCACUGGUUCACCACAUGAAGUUGAAACCUCAGAUGCCAAGUGAAGAACAUACUGUCAAUCAGUGCAAGGAAAUUCAAUGCGAUUAUCUUUGUGAAAAUGUAAGUCCUCCAUCCAAGGCUCAAAGGAUAUCACAGGCAAACCAAAUAAAGACGAGACCUCAGAUGUCAAGUCAAGAAAUUAGCAUUAAUCGGUGGAAGGAGCCCUUACUGGCAAACCAAACGAACAUGAAACCUAGAACACAAACUCAGGAAAAUAGCAUAUAUCAGCAGAAGGAAAAUGUGAAGAAUUCUACUGGUGAAGAUGUAUUCCUGCCAUCAAAAGUUCAAGAACUUUCACCUGUAAACCAACUGAAGAUAAAACCUCAGGCACCAAGUCACCAACAUAGCAUCGAUAAGAAGAGGCUAAGUUCCGGGGGACUCAUUGCUGCUUGCAAAGAGCUUGCGAAUCUUGCACUAAGCAGGGGUAGUUUAGAUGACAUUACUGUGAUGAUUAUUGAUCUACACCGUCUUAAAGACUAAUUCGACUGUUUUUUUUUUCAUUCGGAUUAUAGUUGCAUUGCUCUCGAAAACACAAGUAUAAUUUACAUUUAAUCUGGGACAGUCGGUUGUUCUUCA